AUGUCAUUCCUCUGUGUUCGUACCGUGUCCCGGUUUCGCAGCUUAUCGAGAGCUCUUGCUCCUGGUUUCCUUCUUCUUCACGGCAAUGCAGUCCCGAAGACAGCAGUUUUCUUUAGACAGCAAUCUUCUAAUACUCGUUUAUUUUCUUCUUAUACUGCACCAUCGGGUGUUGAAGAGAAUAACUCCAAGUCGGCGCUGAAGAAUAAGUUGCCGCCAGGGAAAGAAGUAUCUAGUAAGGAUGCUAAAGAAAAGAUUACUACUUCUGCCAUUGAUUUGGCCCUCAACUCGGUGGUGAAGGUAUUCACCGUCUCUAGCAAGCCUAGACUUUUUCAACCUUGGCAGAUUACUAUGCAGAGUGAAAGCACCGGCUCUGGUUUUGUAAUCUCGGGAAAGAAAAUUCUUACGAAUGCUCAUGUAGUGGCUAAUCAAACAUCCGUUAAAGUCCGAAAGCAUGGUUCAACCACAAAGUACAAAGCAAAAGUUCAAGCGGUUGGUCAUGAAUGUGAUUUGGCCAUCUUGGAGAUUGAUAAUGAUAAGUUUUGGGAGGGAAUGAACCCCUUGGAACUCGGGGAUAUACCCUCUAUGCAGGACACCGUGUAUGUUGUUGGCUAUCCAAAAGGUGGUGAUACCAUAUCCGUUUCGAAAGGUGUUGUGUCGAGAGUUGGACCCAUAAAAUACAGUCACAGCGGCACUGAACUACUGGCAAUACAAAUAGAUGCAGCUAUCAAUAAUGGAAAUAGUGGUGGUCCGGUAAUCAUGGGAAACAAAGUCGCUGGUGUAGCAUUUGAAAGUCUAUGUUAUUCCGAUAGUAUAGGCUACAUAAUUCCAACUCCGGUCAUUAGGCAUUUUUUAAAUGCUAUUGAAGAAAGUGGUGAAGAUGUUAGUUUCGGCUCAAUAAAUCUAACAUAUCAGAAAAUGGACAAUGAUCAACUCCGUAAGGACUUCAAAAUGAGCGAUAAAAUGACAGGCAUUCUUAUAAACAAAAUAAACCCGCUUUCGGAUGUUCACAAAGUUCUGAAAAAAGAUGACAUCAUUCUCGCGAUUGAUGGUGUUCCUAUAGGAAACGAUAGUUCAGUCCAUUUUCGUAAGAAGGAACGAAUAACUUUCAAGCAUUUGGUUUCUAUGAAGAAACCAUGUGAGACAGCAUUACUUAAAGUCUUAAGAGAGGGAAAAGAGUAUGAGUUUAAUAGUAGUCUAAAAUCCGUACCACCACUAGUUCCAAAGCGUCAAUAUGACAAGUCUGCAAGUUAUUAUAUAUUCGGGGGUCUUGUUUUUUUACCUCUAACUAAACCAUACAUUGAUAGUUCUUGUGUUUCCGAAUCUGCUCUAGGAAAGAUGCCCAAAAAAGCCGGUGAACAAGUUGUAAUAAUUUCUCAGAUUCUAGAGGAUGACAUCAAUACAGGAUACAGUAUUUUCGAAGAUUUCCAGGUGAAGAAAGUGAAUGGAGUGCAAGUGCAUAAUCUCAAACAUCUAUAUAAGCUUGUAGAGGAAUGCUGCACAGAAACUGUGAGGAUGGACUUGGAGAAAGAUAAGGUUAUUACCCUCGAUUAUAAGUCUGCGAAGAAAGUCACUUCUAAGAUCUUGAAAAGUCUCAAAAUACCAUCGGCCGUGUCUGAGGAUCUUCAGCCUAAACAACAGAAUAAGCGCAGCAAAGUUCCUCCAAAGAGUAAAGAACAUUGAGUCAUCAGCUUCAUGCUACAGCUUGAUGUUCCCAUGGAAUAUAGGAUUUAAAUUUAAAGCAAUUACUAAUUGAAUUUAAUU